AUGAAUGUGACCAAAACAAAAAUUGUAGAAAAUGCGAAAAGCGUCGUUCACUUGUCUUCGGACUCUCCAGUCUCCAGAGCAGCGGAGGAUAGGAGGAGUUUGAAGCAGAAAAAAGAAAUGCUGCCACAGAUGAAAAAGGUCAUUGCUGACAACCCAAAAAAGGUUGCAGAGUUGAUUGACCUUGUGAACCUCCCUUCAACACUUAGGGAAUUCAUGGGUCAAUCUCAAAGCUCACGCCUUGGUUGUUUUAAGCACGUCUGGUCGUAUAUCAAGGACAACAACCUCCAGGAUCCCACUAAUAAGAACUUAGUGAAUUGUGAUGAAAAGUUGAAGAGGAUACUUUUGGGCAAGGGUCAAGUUGAUCUUGUGGAACUCCCUAUGCUGAUUAAGUUGCAUUUUCCGAGGCAGCAAAAGUAA